AUGAAGCCGGGGCCAAGCUGGGCAGGGUCCCGGAGGAGGGCAGUGAGCCCCCUGCCCGGAGCCCACGUGCUGCUCACAGGCACCCCUGCUGCCCAGGGGGCUGGGCCUCUCUCCUCCCCCUGCAAGCUGGCUCGCUGGACCCCUGUGAGGCCCUUCCUGGCCCUUCUUCUUCUGCUUUCCAUCAAACAAGUUACAGGAUCUCUCCUUGAGGAGACAACUCGGAAGUGGGCUCAGUACAAAGAGAAGUGUCUGAGAGACUUACUCAAGGAAACUUCUGGCACAGUCUGUAAUGGGACCUUCGAUCAGUAUGUGUGCUGGCCUCAUUCCACACCUGGAAAUGUCUCUGUCCCCUGCCCUUCCUACUUACCUUGGUGGCGCGAAGAGCUGUGUUUACUUUCAGAGAACUCAGGAAGGGCCUACAGAUACUGCCUGUCUCGGGGUGCUUGGCAGACGCUGGAAAACUCCACAGAUAUUUGGCAGGACAACUCUGAAUGCGCCGAGGAUCACAGCUUCAAACGAAAAGUUGGACGCCGCACCUUGCUGUCAGCGCUGCAGCUGUUGUACACGGUGGGCUACUCUCUCUCCAUCGUCUCGCUCUUCCUGGCUCUCACCCUCCUCUUGUUUCUCCGAAAACUCCACUGCACACGUAACUACAUCCACAUGAACUUGUUUGCCUCUUUCAUCCUGAGAGCCCUGGCUGUGCUGGUGAAAGACGUCAUCUUCUACAAAUCUUACUCCAAGAAGCCCAACAGUGAGAAAGAGUGGCUGUCCUACGUGUCAGAGAUUUCUGCCUCCUGCCGCUCAGCCCAGGUCCUCUUGCACUACUUUGUGGGCGCCAAUUACUCGUGGCUGCUCGUCGAAGGCCUUUACCUUCACACGCUGCUGGAGCCCAUAGUGUUUUCAGAAAGGCGGCUGUGGCCCAGAUACCUGCUGGUGGGUUGGGCCUUCCCGGUGCUCUUCGUUGUGCCCUGGAGCAUUGCCCGUGCUCAGCUGGAGAAUACCGGGUGUUGGGGAACCAACAGGAACAAGAAUAUCUGGUGGAUCAUCCGAGGACCCAUGCUGCUCUGCGUAAUGGUCAAUUUCUUCAUCUUCCUGAAAAUUCUCAAGCUUCUCAUUUCUAAGCUCAAAGCUCAUCAAAUGUGCUUCAGAGAUUAUAAAUACAGAUUGGCCAAGUCCACACUGGUCCUCAUCCCUUUAUUGGGCGUUCAUGAGAUUCUCUUCUCUUUCAUCACUGAUGAUCAAGUUGAAGGAUUUCCAAGGCUUAUACGACUCUUCAUUCAAUUGACUCUGAGCUCCUUCCAUGGGCUACUGGUGGCCUCGCAGUAUUGCUUCGCUAACGGAGAGGUGAAGGCCGAGCUGCGAAAGCAGUGGGCCCGCUUCUUGCUAGCCCAUCACUCGGGCUGCAGAGCCUGGGUCCUGGGGAAGAACUUCCGAUUCCUGGGGAAAUGUCCCAAGAAGCUCUCGAAAGGGACCAACUCUGGGUCGCUGCAGAAGGCGCGGCCCUCGCCUGGUGGUGGGCGGCUCCUGCACUCGACCAGGGAGAGCCUAGGGGUGGCAGGCACCCCGCCUCGUCAAGGCCACGCAGCCUGGCCCCGCGGCAGCAGCCUGUCGGAGAGCAGCGAGGGUGACUUCACCCUGGUGCACACCAUGGAGGAGAUCUUUGAGGAGAGUGAGAUCUAG